AGGUGAACUGUUCUACUUGAGAAACAUAUCUUCGUUGUCUUUGUUGAUUUAAAUUCCGAAGUGUCUGAUGAAAUAAUGCUACUUGAUUUCAGAAUGAGUUUCUUAGUUGCCAAAUUCUCUCACAGGCUGUGGUAAACUGCAGGAAAACUGCUUUUCCUUUGCACAGGAAGUUGGGGCAUACUGGCUUAACUGAAGUGGACUUGAGCAAAGCUGAAGAGGGGGGAGAAAAAAGAGGAGAAAGAGCUUGUUUUCUUCCCUCCUGGUUUUCUUUUGCGUUUAUUUGAUAUUUUUGAAUUAAUUAUUUGGCCAGCUUAAUAGUAAUAUACUAAGUAUUAAGUAACUUUGUACUUAGUAAUAGCUGAAAUUGACACUAAAAGAGCACUGCGUACCCCCAUAGCUUUAAACCAGCCUUAGGCAUACAUCACCUUGCUCAACCUUUUAACAAACUUCUGGGUACUGUGGAGAGAUUUGGUCCAAGGUGCAACGGAAUCUAAAUAGAGAAUUGUCUCAGUACUCAAGUGUGUUCUAAAAAUAAAUCUACACGAUAAAGCUUCUGCAUUGCGAUUUUAAAACAGCCCCGGCUGUUUCAUGAUAGCCCAUGUGACAUAAAUUACAUUUAAUCUUUAGCCCUUUGUGCAUAUCUAGACAGCAUCGCCACCCUUGUCUCCCACUUCUUUUCUUUGGCCUUUAUUGAAAAGCCCAUCGUGUGCUCUGGGCCCACACCCACCCUCAGCUUUGGUUCCUUAAGCCCUGCAGAGGAUGCCUGGAUCUCACCCAGACCCAAGCUGAGGUUGAACCUUGCUCUCCCAAAUUGCCGUAUGGGAAGCUUCCACAGCUGCUAGUUUCCUUGUGGUUUUGGAGCUUGAUGAGGGACUUUCCUUGCUGAAGGAUUUGUGUAUACACAAGAGAAAAAAGGCUUGCUGGUUUGUUACUGCAGACUAUUGUAAGGUUUUCUAAAGAGGACCUCUUGACAGAUAUUUCAGACACACCAUUCAUGGCUUUCUUAAGGGUUUUUCCAGAGGCUAUAGAGGUUGUUAUAAACACAGAACAUCCAAUUACUCAGCAAAUUCCAAAUCAUUAGUUAGCGUUUUCUCAUUUGCACUUAUAUCCCAGUGCAGUGCUUGGAUCCAGAAAUCAUUGUCACAAGAGCUGAUCAUUUACCAGAAGGGUCAUUUGUUCUACCUCCCAUGGAUAGCUUGGGCAGACCAGUCAAUGGCUUUGUCCUUUGUUUAAUAAUCAUUUAAGAGAACGAAAUAAGCUUUUUUGCAAUAUUAGUAUAUAAAAGUAACUAUUACAAAAGGAACUAUAAAACUUCACAAAAAGUAGGUUAGAAGCACUACCUGAAAACCUGAUCACAGUUUAUUGUCCCAGGCAGUUGUAUCCCCUCGUUACUCGUCUGCGUGUACUGUGGAUGGAUAACAUUACUUUUUCACUCUGAAAUACGAAGUGACCAACGUCUUAGAAAAGGUGUCUGUAGACUCCAUUUGACAAAUUUACUGAACGUUUGGAACAAGGCAGAGGCAGUGGGACACUCUGGGUCUCUGAAUCCACCCUUCACCUAACUGAGGGAAAAAUAUGACUCCGUUAGGCUGGUGACUUCUUCAGUGUGCCAGUGCUGAUAGCUCUGAUGGCCGGAAAUAGCAGCGGCCUGAGGAACUCCCACCAGUGCUGGGGAGUGUUUUGUUGUCUGAGUGGAAAAUCUUGUUAAUGCUAAUGCUAUUGCUGGUACGCCUCCACCCCUGGCUUCCUCCACACUUCAUAUUGUGGCGAUAGCUUAAUCUCUUGGAGGCCUCACCCUGGGAGUUCUUGCUCACUAGAAGAGAGAGACGGAGCCCUGGUUUCACAAUGGUUAAACGAUCAGCUGCUAACCAAAACAUUGGUGGUUCGAACCCACCCAGUGGUUCCACUGGAGAAAGACCUGACAAUCUGCUUCCAUAAAAAUUGCAGCCAAGAAAACCCUAUGGGGCAGUUCUACUCUGUCACAUGAGGUCGCUCAGAGUAGGUAUUAACUCUGCAGCACCAGAAGAGAAAAAGGUAGAGAGAGACUGAGAGAGGGACUGAGAUAGAUUUUGUCCUAUGUUUAGUCUCAGUAGUAAGUCUUUGGCUUGUAUUUUUCAGAAGUAUUUAGUACAGCUUUGUAAUUAACCACUCUCCCAGGGCACCAAAACCCUAGCAAUUGAAAAAAAUACCGCUUGAAGCAUGUGCUCUCUCUCGGUCUCUCUGCUCUUCUCUCUUGGCUUUUAGAUCUUGCGCACCUGGCUCUGGCUCACUAACUUUGACUUCACUUUCCCCUCCUGAAAUAGCUCGCGUCUAGGAAGCAGUGGCUGGUGGUCACGGCCACAGUGCCUCUGCUGUGGGUGGCUGACACCUGCGUGUUUUACCUAUACAUGUUCAGCCUGUUGGUUCCAGAUGCUGCCUUACGGCCUCCAUCUGGUGCUGCAUCUGCUGAUAAAACUGCAAGGCACCGCCAGAAGAAAACAGUGAGUGAAUUAUGAGGAAUAACUGCUCAUCUGUUAGGGCGACUGUUGUAUUUCAAAAUUAAAAACAAAACGAGAGGAAAAGUGCCAUAUUGGUUCUAGAACUAUCUGCAGAUGACCCAACUUCGGACUUCCUAGUGGUCACCACCAAUGUCAACUUUGUUCCAGUGACCUGACACCAUGCUCCUUGCUCUACUAUGGCUUACCAUCAUGAUAGUAGACGGAUAUUUGUGGGCCAGGAUAACGGAGCCAUAAUGGAAUUUCAUGUUUCUGAAGAUUUCAAUAAGAUGAACUUUAUCAAGACCUACCCAGCUCAUCAGAACCGGGUGUCUGCCAUCAUCUUCAGUGUGGCCACAGAGUGGGUGAUCAGCACCGGCCAUGACAAGUGUGUCAGCUGGAUGUGCACCCGGAGCGGGAGCAUGCUCGGGAGGCACUUCUUCACCUCCUGGGCCUCGUGUUUACAAUAUGAUUUUGAUACUCAGUAUGCCUUUGUUGGGGAUUAUUCUGGACAGAUCACCCUGCUGAAGCUUGAACAGAACACCUGUUCAGUUAUUACAACCCUCAAAGGACAUGAAGGUAGUAUUGCCUGCCUCUGGUGGGACCCCGUUCAGCGGUUACUCUUCUCAGGAGCGUCCGACAACAGCAUCAUCAUGUGGGACAUCGGAGGAAGGAAAGGCCGGACACUCUUGCUUCAGGGCCAUCAUGACAGGGUGCAGUCACUGUGCUACCUUCAGCUCACGAGGCAGCUUGUUUCUUGCUCCUCGGAUGGUGGCAUUGCUGUGUGGAACAUGGAUGUUAACAGAGAAGAGGCUCCUCAGUGGUUAGAAAGUGAUUCUUGUCAGAAAUGUGAGCAGCCCUUUUUCUGGAAUUUAAAGCAGAUGUGGGACACGAAAACUCUGGGGUUAAGACAGCAUCACUGCAGGAAAUGCGGGCAGGCCGUAUGCGGGAAGUGCAGCAGCAAGCGCUCCAGUUACCCCAUCAUGGGCUUCGAGUUCCAGGUCCGGGUGUGCGACUCCUGUUACGACUCCAUCAAAGACGAAGAUCGGACUUCUCUGGCAACCUUUCAUGAAGGAAAACAUAACAUUUCCCACAUGUCCAUGGACGUUGCUAGGGGACUAAUGGUGACCUGUGGGACCGAUCGUGUUGUAAAGAUCUGGGACAUGACGCCUGUGGUUGGUUGCAGUCUAGCAACUGGAUUUUCUCCACCCUGAUCCAGGAGCUGGGCGAUCUAUACACCUUACGAAAGCAACCUUCACCAAAUGAAAUCCUUCCCGUCUAGCUCCACAGUCACUAUCGUGUAAAUGGACAGUAGCCACUUAAAUCAACAUUUUUUAAAAGAAAAAACUGUAAAAGCACAUUGUUGGGCACUUGUAGAACUACCUCUGGGACUAGUGUGGAAAAGGUUUCUCUGUAGUAGUUUGCUGGGGAAUGGAUUUACUUCAACAUAAUCUCGUGGACAAUGAGCUACUGUGUACUGAAAGAAUAAUCUAGCAAAUGAAAGUUUUGGAGGGAAAAAAUUGAGCAAAAAAGUUAAUGGCCUAGAACUUUCUCAAAGAAGUUCCAAGUGCAAACACACCUCUGCUCAGACUAAGUGGCUUUCCAAGGGCUGUUUGUGGCUCUGUUGGAGCAGAAAUUAGGGGGAAGGAGGACUUGUUCUCUCUUUCUGGAGGGGUGGCAAUAGGAAUUUAAGAAACCAGAGAUGUCUCCUUAUCUUCUGGCAGUAUGUGAAUAUUCUCUACACUUCGUUAUUGAUAACUUCUUACAGAUAUCUGUUCUCUUUAGGUAGUGCCAUAAUCUGCACUUAAUGUUUGGCUCGCUUCGGUUAUUUCUCUUCCUGGCCAAUAUGCCUGUGGGUAAAUCUUUGCAGUUGUUGUUAAGUAAAUUGUGAAAUUUCUGUAAUAACCAAGGCAGUCCACAGUCUGCCAUUUCCCCCAAGUAUGCUCUGAGGACAAAACUUUUUUUAAUGGUGCUGUUAAUAUGGGGAUCACACAAGCCGCCUGACCUUUUCUCAUUGCAAUUAGUAAUGACGAACAGAAAACUUAGUUACCAGCAUGAUUGUAAUGGGAAGUGGUCAGUCUGUUCCGUGGAACAGCCCAGUCCUCUUGCUCCUCACAAUCUAUUUAUACUUCCCACAUGAGCCCAUGUAAUGUUGCAACUUAAUACACACCUCAGAAAUGUACUCCAAAGCUUUUCAACUGUACUGACCUUCAGUUGUAACUUGUAUUUCACAGAGAAAAACUGGUGACCCUGAACCGUAAUUGUGAACCAGGUCUUACCUAAUAAUUGCCAACCCAUAAAUCCCCUUCAUAGUAACUGGUAACAUUUGUUGUACAAAAUGGCAUUUUUAAAGCUUUUGGCCGCUUAGUACCCGGAUGGGGAAGAGGUGGCAAAUUGGGAACCUAUCAUUUAAUAUUCAAAUAUUUAUUUGUUUGUGUUUUACCAACAGAAUGUGUAUGUAUUACUGUAGGGCUAUGGGAGUAGAGAGGGGCCUACUUUUUUUUUAAGGACAAAUUUAUAAGUAGAUAGCAACAAUAUUUUUGUUAGUUUUACUAAUGUAUGUUGAUAAGAACUCACUGUUGCAUCACUGGGUUGGGAUCAUAUCAAGACAACAUGGUCACUCUUACAUGAUAAAACUAAGGCACAGAAUCUGUUUUAUAACAACAGCUUAGAGGGACUAUAACUUUUAAGAAGGCAGUUAAAAGAAGAUGUUUUAAUGGCCAUGUGACACAAAUGGCAAGGAAACAAAAGGAGGACAGGCACAUCGUGUUCUAGUAUGACCUGCAUUAAAAGUUGACUUGUCUUCAGAAAUAAGACGAAGGGUUUUGUUUGCUCUUUACAAUUUUUGUGUUACAUCACGCAGGAAAGAUUUUCUUUUUAAAAGCUUUUCCUAGGUUCAACAUAAUCUGGAAGAAAAAUUGAGUGAUUUUAACUUUUAAACCACGAUGUUGAAUGUUAAACUUCUCUUAUUAAUUUUAGUCCAGUUCAUUAUUCAGCCCAUACAAAGGUGCUAUCCUGGACUUACUAUUAAGUCCUGAAAGGAAAAUAGAAUGUGACUGAGCCCAUGCCAUGUUGAAGAGUGUAUACUGUGGUUUUGUUUUCCCUUAACUUCUAUAGAAUGUGAUUUUUUUUUUUUUUAAUUUUAUUUCUGUGGUGGAUGGGCAGAAUAUUACAGCUGUGGAGAAUGCUCCAUAGCUUUCAAUCUUUUCAAUUUUUAAACAAUGCUUAAUGAAAAAAAAAAAAAAAACAGUAU